AUGACAACAACAACAACGGAAGCAGCCGAACAACUAACAAUCCACAUAACAACAAAAGUGAUUGCACUGGCCAUCAUCAUCUUCAUCACCCUGCUUGGGAACAUUUCCCUGGUAACGACCAUCACAUGUUACGCCAGUCUGAGACGCAAGAGAGUCAGCAUAUUUCUACUGAACAUCGCAGCAGCCGACCUCAUGGUCUGCCUCUUCACAAUGACCAGCGAGAUUGGGGCCGAGAUAUUUGAAAAGUGGAUAUACGGAAACAUCGGCUGCAAGUUGACGCUCUACGUUCAAAUCGUUACGCUAGCCUCAACCACCUUCCUCAUGACCGCAAUGAGUAUCGACAGGUAUCAGGUCUUGGUACAACCGUUCCAAUCAUUAGGAAACUCAAAGACGAUAUGGAGGAAGAUUUGUGCUGCGUGGUCUCUCGCUCUUCUAUUCGCUCUUCCUCAGAUAUUUAUUUUCAGAGAAACAUUGAUCUACGACGUGAAAUCCACGAAAAGUAUUCCUUCUUGUUCUAGUUCAGGAUACACGGAGGAAUGGCAGAGGAAGUUGUACGUGACGUUCCUCACCUCGUACAUCCUCAUCAUCCCCACAAUCGUCAUGUCCUUCUGCUACAUCAGCAUCAUCAAAGUCGUCUGGUUGAGAACUUCUGACGGGAACCAGCUGAAUGUACCAAAGAUUCAUUUCGUCACCUCACGCAGGACGAUGUCGACACUUCGAUAUCAGGCCAUGGCCUCGAAACGCAACGUCGUCAAAAUGACGCUAUCGGUCAUAAUUUGUUUCGUGGUAUGUUGGACACCAUAUUUUUUUAUUUUGCUAGUUAGAGUUUACUCUAAUUAUCAAAUAAAAUUUGAAGAGGCAAAAAAGUUUAGCGAAACACUGGGACUUCUACAAAGUGCUUUGAAUCCUUUCCUUUACAUGAUUUUCAGCAAAAAAACAUUAAAAAAUAUC